CGUGCGGUGUCCAAUCGUUACGUGUCUAAAUGGAAGUCACCUAAUUAACAUGAUAUAUAUAAUUAAUACAUAUUUUAUUGUUGCAACUUAAUUGAUAGACAUUCGAAAAAAAAAUGUUACGCGACGUUUUAGUGCAUCUGCUGAUUAGUGCUGUGGGUAUAUUUAUUGGAGUGUUAGGAUUUUUUGUCCUGUUUGUCGCUUAUGGAAACCACGAUGUCGGAUUUUGGUCGAUGCUAGCAGGUGCUUUAGCUGGAGUCUGUUUUCACUUACAAUGGGUAAAAGGCAAGGAAACUUUGGAGAGAUGGCACACUAGAGUUACAUUGCGGAAUUUAAAUGUUGUAGGCUUUGUAAGUGCUGUAACUGGCGUUACUGCACUGAUUUGGUAUUUGUUUCUUACAUUUUACUACAAGAUUCCUAUUCAACCAAUUUCUGAGAGCACAUUCAUAUCAGCAGUAUGGUCUAUGAUCUGUGCAAAAUGGGGUAUUACAUUGACGUAUUAUUCAAAUAAAUAUGAAUUAUUACUUCAAGAGGGAACAGCACCCAUACUUACGGACAAUGCUUGAGAACCAUAAGAACAUUAUCUAUAUUUUUAUAUAAUUAUCUUUUACACAAAAUUUUAUAUCUUUUUUAUAUAGGAU